AUGACGCCACCCACGCACUGGAACGAAGUCCUCGAGAUCGCGGCGGACGCGCCGCCAAAGAACCCGGACUGUAUAGUCACGCUGGGCGCCGGGCCGUUCACAGACGCCGUGAAGGUCAUCUGCUGGGCGCUCGCGAAUGGGAUCACCACGUCUGAGGGACCUGGAGGGGCUGUUGACGUACUCCUCGUCAUUCGGCCGCGGAAACACUGGGUCCCCGUUCAAGGAUUCCGACAUUUACCACGUCGCCAUCCCCGCGAGCCUCUCCGGCGGUGCGAAUACCAGAGCACCGCGGGCUUGACGCGCGACGACGGCACCCACGCAAAAGUCCUCUUCCAGACCCCGACGCGCAACCCGAACAUCGUCGUCCUGGACCCGGGCAUUGUGGCCCUAACACCUCGCGAGGAUCUGGCUCAGCACGGCUUACAUCCCAACGCCAAGGGGGACGGGGAGGCCGAGAAUGGAUCAUUGCGGCUGGUCCCCGCGCUGAUCACCACGCACCAACACCCCGACGACCCUGGACGCGCGGGUACGAGACCAUCCAUGCGCGGCGUCGUCGAGGCCAUGUCCGCCGUGGGCAGCGGCGUGCCUUUGGGAGCCAGCCACGCUAUAAUUAGGCCACCAAUUGGGCCCCGUUGGGCGCGGGCCACGGCGAGACGAGACCAGCUGUAUCUUGUUGCCGGCCGUGUGGAAGUGGAAUGA